UGCACAUGUUUUCCAUGAACGACUUACACACACGAUGUUAAUAACCUUAGAAAAUGGUGAACUAACCUUAAGCAGCCUUCCAAUUUGUCAUUCUUUUGUCAUACCACCCGUUUAUGUAAUAGACACUCCUGAUAUUACCACGGAAGGAAUGAUAGAAUAUGCAGAAAUAUUAAGAAGACGUCUAACUGUUGGGACCAAAGUGAUUUCUUCUGUCUGGGACCCUGAUAAUGAACAGAAUGUCAAAAUAAGCAAUAAGUACAGGCAGAUGGAAUUGGAUUAUAAUAUGGUGAUGAAAACAGAUUUAGUGGAUUUCGAGGACACGCCUACCGGAGAUGAAUGUACUCAAGCUUCUGAUGCGCAACAACCUGAAAUUGCUAAUGUCAUCGAUGGGGCCUAUGAGAAA